AUGGACACCUGCAAGGGGAGAGUUGCACGGAGUGAGGAGGAUCAGUUAUUGGAGGACGAAGAGGAGGAGGACAGUGCACAGGCAGAAAUCUGGCCCAAGGACUGUGGUGAGAUAACCUGGAACAGGGUCAGUGGUGUCUUUGUGAUUCAGCCCACAGACCUGCACCAGAUUGUCAUUUACUGUGACUUGAACAGCACCAGCAAGGACUGGAUGGUCCUUCAGUGGAACCGGCACGACACACAUAUCACCUGGGCUGAAUCCUGGAGCACCUACAAGUAUGGCUUUGGCAAUGUGCAGGAUGACUACUGGCUGGGGACAGAGUACGUCUAUCAGAUCGCCAAGCAGAAGGUCUACCAGGUCAGGUUUGUCAUCCACGAUUCAUCCGGCACCAUGAAAUAUGCAGACUACAACCUCUUCAGUCUGGAAGAUGAGUCCAGUGGCAACAGACUGAGGCUGAGCUCUUACACUGGGACUGCAGGGGACUCCAUGGCCCCAAACAAUCCUAACUCCAUGCAUGACAACAUGAAGUUCUCCAUUAAAGACCUGGAUGAAGACACUUCCAGUGGGAACUGAGUGUCUGGCUAUGGGGGCUGGGGGUACUUGGCUUGUUAUUCUGUUCGACUGAACGUCAAAGGGAGCAUCACUUGGG